GCAAGCAGGAGUUGUCUGCAUUCCAGCAGUUCACCUGCACAGAACUGCAGCCACCAUGCAAAGCAGCCAGCAGGACUUUGAAAAGGCUCAAGAGCAGCUGAAGCUUUUAAAAAAUGAUCCUGGGAAUGAAACGAAGUUGAAGCUCUAUGCUUUGUUCAAACAGGCUACUGAAGGUCCCUGCAAUGCUCCAAAACCAGGGAUGCUGGACUUUGUCAAGAAAGCCAAGUGGGAUGCAUGGAAUUCUCUUGGCAACUUGUCUCAGGAUAAUGCCAGACAGAAAUACACUGAGCUUGUGUCAAGUCUGGUGUCUGCAGAAUCUGCUGACCAGAAGGAGGCUCCCCCUGAGGAGGGCAGACAUGAUGGCUAUGAAACAUUACUAGUUACCACCAAAAACAAUAUCACAAAGAUCAUGUUUAACCGACCUGACAAGAAAAAUGCCAUCAACCAUAAGAUGUACAGAGAAAUUAUCAAAGCACUUGAAGAAGCUGGAAAGAAUGAUUCUACCAUAGCAGUUAUUACUGGAAAUGGAGACUACUAUAGCAGUGGAAAUGAUCUGAAUAAUUUUACUAACAUCCAACCUGGAGACAUGGAGAAGAUGGCAAAGGAUGGAGCAGUGUUACUCAGGGAGUUUGUGGAUCAUUUUAUUGAUUUUCCCAAGCCACUGUUUGCAGUGGUAAACGGCCCAGCUAUUGGGAUCUGUGUGACAGUCCUUGGCUUGUGUGACGUCGUCUAUGCUUCUGACAGGGCUACAUUUCACACCCCAUUUAGUCAACUUGGACAGAGCCCAGAAGGAUGUUCCUCUUACCUGUUUCCAAAAAUCAUGGGUUUAGCCAAGGCAAACGAGAUGUUGCUCUUCAACAAGAAGCUGACUGCAGCAGAGGCCUGUGCCCAGGGGCUCGUGACUGAGGUCUUCCCCGAGAGGACUUUUCAGAAGGAAGUUUGGGCCAGAUUAGAAGCUUAUGCAGCCCUCCCCAAAAAUUGUUUGGCAAUGUCAAAGCAGCUGUUACGAAGUAUGGACAAGGAGAAGCUCCAUGAAGUCAACAGCAGAGAAUGUGAACUCCUGCAGGAGAGGUGGUUAUCUGAUGAGUGUGUAAAUGCUAUUGUCAGCUUCUUUCAGAAGAAAGCAAAGCUCUGA